AUGGACUGGAUGAGGAGGCAGGACAUUAAGGAGGAGUCACCGGAAACACCUACCGCUCUGACACCGGAUGAGCCUGACGAGUGCUACUUCGAGGAAGACAUCUCGAUAGACGAGGGCAUGGAAUAUAUCCUCUUUACUGAAAAUUGCUGGAGGAAAUAUAGCGUGUUUGAAAUAGUUUUCGAGUCGUUCUCCUGCAACAAUGUUUUAACCCUGUUCAAUUCUCAGUUGCAAGACUAG